AUGGCCCUCCUAUUGCCCCCACCGUCCAAGCCAAAACCCUCUCAAUUCCCACACACCUUCUUCAUCAGACCCAACUCCUCUAAAACAGCACACCAACACCAAAACCUCGUAACCAUCGCCGCAUCAAAAAACAAGGAAUUCACACACAAAAAGCUCAAAAAUGACAUCUUUUUCAAACGAAGGCACAUAAAAUUCAAAAGGGGCAUACCAAUUUUGAAUGCGGCGUCAAUCCCAUUAUCAGGGGACGAGAAAAAAUCGACCUUUGGGAGAAUUUUGCUGUCAGAUGUGGCGGUGGAGAGGAAAAGGGAUGUUUUUGGGGGCAGAGAAUGGACUUGUUUGGACGUGGCGACGAUUGGGGUGGGAAAUCCAAUUGAUUGGGUGAGCACACAUAGGUACCACCAUCAGUUUUGUGAUACAGAGAAGGACCCACACAGCCCUCUUGAAGGAUUUUGGUUUAGUCACAUGAGUUGGCUUUUUGACACCAAUACUAUCAUUCAAAGGUGUGGGAAGCCUAACAAUGUUGGUGACUUAGAAAAGCAACCAUUUUACAAGUUCCUUCAAAGCACUUACAUAAUUCAUCCUUUGUCACUUGGAGCUCUACUUUAUGCACUUGGAGGUUUUCCCUAUAUUGUUUGGGGAAUGGGAGUGAGAAUCGUGUGGGUUUACCACAUCACCUGGCUUGUGAAUUCAGCUUGCCAUGUUUGGGGCAAACAAGCCUGGAAAACCGGCGAUCUUUCUCGAAAUAAUUGGUGGGUGGCAGUGCUUGCUUUCGGAGAGGGUUGGCACAAUAACCACCAUGCCUUCGAAUAUUCAGCUAGACACGGGCUUGAGUGGUGGCAAAUUGAUAUGACUUGGUACGUAGUUGGGCUUCUUAAGUCUAUUGGGCUGGCCACUGACGUCAAGUUGCCGGCUAAGGCCCAUAAGGAAAAGAUGGCCUUGUCGAGCUGA